GAGGCCGGAGUCACCAGCCUGGUCACUGAUCCCUCCUGAUACCGCGAUGUGUCCACCAUGAUCUGUGAUCCCCGUCCGGUGGAUAUACCUGGCAUGCCCGUACGAUCUACACUCCAAAUCCGAGCGUAGAAGAACUUAGGGAAAGCAUCGUGGGUACUGGUAGUUUUGAGGGAGGCCCGAAUUCCUGCAAACAUUUGAGGGGAAAGUUUGGAAAGUGCCGCAAUCAACAAACAGAUUUGGGGGGAGACAUGGGACCGCCGCCACACUUUGGAGCUAAGGACAGAGACUUAGCGUGUACAACGUAAGACUGAAAAGGAGUUCGCCACCCACCACCACCACCCAGUGUCGCCUGUAGUUUCGUACCCACGAAUUUUCCACCCCCCAUGGCGGCCAUGCCACCCUUAAAAGCCAAGUCCGGCUUCCCGGUCAGUAACAAACUUCUGCAGAAACGAUGGAACGACAAAGCUUUCCAGCUACACCAACAGAAGGUGGCAGCUAUGAAAGCGGAUCUGGACAACAAGUCCCCCAAGCCAUACCAACACAUACGCUUACGACUGAAGAAGCUAUUGGCAGAAGAGGAGAGACAAGCUCAGGUGGACCAUGACAAUAGGAAGCUGCUGGCCAGGAUGACACAGAUCAUGAGAACACAUGGUUCCCUGGACAACUGGAACGACUACACUCCUAGAAGUUUAAACUACUACGUACGAGAGAAGGAAGCCGAGAGGAUUGCGACGAACAAUGAACUGAUCAAGAGUCGUUUGCUGGGAGUGCAGCCCAGCUAUAAUCUCAACAAAUGGGAGGAAGACUUCCUGAAGCACGAGUACUACCUUGCCAACAUGGCGGCUGUAACUAAGGACUACGACCUGGACAGUCUGGAGCCCACGCCUCGCGACCCCCCGCGGAGAAGGCGGCCAAGGAGCGCGGGAACAGAGACAAGGUCAGUAGAAACAGAAGUGCUAGAGUGCCCUCCCGUUUCGGAUGCGGAAGACGGAAUGGUUCCAGUCUUGACCCAUGACUAUUACCUUGUGGACAACACGGAAGAGCCAAGAGACUUCUAUGUAGACAUCAUAAUGCAGACCAAGCCCUUAAAGAAGAGAACGAGUAUUCUCAAAAACUGGGCCGAACAUGCGAACGUGUGGUCUGGUCCGAAGACUGAUCGGUCCACAGAGGCUGCCAGCACUACAGAUGGUGAAGUCGAGACAACAAAAUUGCCCAAAAUUAAGCUGGAGCGGAGUAAGGGCGGUGGAACCUGGCCUCCCAGACGCUUCCAUACCAAGCUGCCCAAGGUCAACAGGGUGGACAAAAACAAGGUUGAUUUGUCUCAACAUGAUGUUGACAGAGACUCCAGGAUGCUAUUCAAAGCCACAAAGGGCUUGAGCCAAAACGAAGUAUCCAUAGUCAUCAAGACACUGGUGCGGCGUACCUACAGACAACGUCAGGAGACCAAGGCCAAGUUCUGGGAGCUUUAUGACAAGGAGUUGUCUGAGGACUUGAAGUCCCAGCUGAGUGAUGACUUCGCUCCGGUGAUCGAUGCUCUCCUGGUGGAAAGAGAGAAGUUUGAUGCCAUGACAGUACACGAUGCGCUGAAGGGAUCACCCUCAGCAGAGGCCACCCUGAUUGAAAUUUUGUGCACAAGGAACAAUAGGGCUUUGGAGCAGAUUAAGAAGGCUUACAGAGACGAGCACCUGAAUAACCUGGAAGACGAUGUGCGUAGUGAGACAGCUGGGCAGCUGCAGGACCUGCUGCUGGGGCUGCUGGCAGGUGACAGGGAUGAAAGUAACCAGGUGGACGAGGACCUGGCCAGACAAGACGCUCAGGAGUUAUAUGAGAAUGAGAAGGACAGAUGGAGUACAGACAGUGACUCUAAGCUGAUGUCUCUCAUCACUACCAAGAGCUAUGCACACAUCAGGGCUACGUUUACAGAGUAUGAGAAGCUGGCACAGACUGACAUGUUAGACGUCCUAAAAGACGAGCUUUCGGGGGAGUUUUUCGUAGCAAUGGUGGCACUUGUUAAAGUCAUUUUCUACUGCCCCAAAUUCUUUGCGGAGAGAAUCUACCGCGCCAUGCGGCCACGAGGCGAUGCGGCAACCCUCAUCAGGUGCUUGAUGACUAGAGCAGAGGCUGACAUGCCCUUGAUCAGGAAGGUAUACAAGAAGACGUAUGGUGCCACCAUCAUGGAUGACCUUGAGAGUUACGUCAGUGCACCAUAUAAGCCCAUCUUGGUCGACCUUGUCAGAGGUUCUGAUGGCCAAGAUGGACAGAAAAAGUCACAGAAGAGAAUCAACGGCAUGGUGAUCCACCGCGCCCCUCCGCAGCUCAGACCACUGCGCCAUCAGCCCAUCCCCCCUCCCAAACCCGUGGACGUCAGGAACAACCCCCUGGCACAACCCUCCCAGAGGCCAUUGGCUGCUGCACAGAGGGAGAAGUCGUUCGAGAAGACGAAUGAAAGACUUGAAGGAGGGAGGAAUGGCAGUGACAAGGAGAACAGGGAUAGAGGGAAAGGAAAAGCACAGGCCAGUGGUAGUGUGGUUCCAGCCAAGAGAUUUCAUGUGGAGCGAGACUGUGAAGACUUCAGGAAUGCCAUAUCUAGAUGGGGUACGGAUGAAGAACCGCUCAUCAAGUUGUUGUCAUCCAGAUCACAUGACCAGAGACAGCAAGUUAAGAAGCAGUACAAGACAAAGUACAACAAGCAAAUCAGGGCGAUGCGAGAGACAUACAAGAAAUUGUUCUCCCGUAAUCUACUGGAUGAUCUGAAGGCCUGCAGUACAGACAGGUUGGCCGACCUUCUACUGGCUCUCACCAAGGGUGACAGAGAGGAGAGGGGUAAAGUAGACCAGUCACGAGCCAAGGAGGAUGCCCAUGAGUUAUAUGAGGAGGACAAGUUAGGUGCCAGUGAGAGGUCCAGGAUCGUGGAAGUCUUGGCAAACAGAAGUGUACCUCAACUUAAAGCAACACUGCAAGCUUACAAAAAGGUUUCAGGCAGAGAGCUACUAGAGACGAUAGAGUCGGAGAUGCCAGAUACCCAGAAAGUGGGCUUUGCUGCCAUUGUGCGUUGUCUCAAGGACCCUGCCAAGUUCUUUGCUGGCAGACUGGCAGAAGCCGUGAGUGGCUCGGAAGGAAUGGACGAGGACACCUUGAUGCGCAUCGUGGUGACAAGAUCAGAAGUGGACCUGCUGGAAAUCAAGCGCCUGUUCAAGGACCAGCAGGGUCAGGCACUGGCUGAGACUGUGGAGGACUCCUGCAAAGGGGACCACAAGAAACUCCUGCUGGCACUGAUCAAGGGCAACAAGGGCAGCUGAAUCACACUCUCCAUUACAGUGCUUGCAGUGCUCAUGUUGCCAAUUCAACAGUUCCAAACAACUGUUAUGAUCAUAGUUAUUAUUCAAUGAACAAAGACAUUUGCACAUGAAAUAUACCAAUACCCUACCAAUCUUAUUGAAUAUUGAUUCUUGCAAAUUGUACUGUUUUCUAGUUCUUGAUUCUUCCCACUUGGUCAUCUAGUUAAUUUCAACCUGUGUUAUUUUAUUCUUUACAAAUGUCUUUGUUCAUUGACUAAAACUACUAUAAUCUGAAACUGUUGUGUUUUGGUGCCAUACGCAUUUAACAGUAUUGUGCCAUUACAAGCACGCCCUCAUGACACUUUUUGCAAAGGCCCCUUUCCACUAGAUUGGUGAACACUGGGCAACCAAAUUGAAUUUUCAUGACCCUCAAUUUUAGAAUCGGAAUCUGCAUAAUAUGAUAUAAUUUGGCAAAAUAUGAAAAGCAUACAAAAUAUUUUACAGUUCCUCUUUUAUGGAUAAAAUUUGUUGAGCAAUCAGCAACAAUGUUUGUUCGCUCAGAGGUCACAGCCUUAAGUGGAAAGGGGUUGUUAUAUAACCAUGACUUCCUCUAAAAACCCAUAAAAAAGGCCUUUAAAGGUCAAGUAGAAUUUAUCAAGAUAAGUCAAACUUUCAAAGACAUGAAAUAAACAAGAAAGAAUGCUGUAGUCAAGAAUGCUGUAUGAAAAGCUAGCAAAACCUGCAAUGCUUAAAAUUCACAAAAAUUGCCAUCAUGUGGUAUCCUAAUGCAGUUCCAUAAGAUGGUGUCUGCUAAUUGUAUUAUUAUAUUUGGCUUUAUCAAGUUGGAAAACUGCUGUGUGAGACCAUGACAUAGGAUGAUGCCUCCUUUAACGUAGACAGAUUUUGGUAGAAAAGUCACAUACAAUUUUAACAUGUUCCGUCCAAAAUUUUUAAGUUGACAGACAAUCCUUUCCUGAAACAGAUGUCAAGUAAAAUUUUCGUCCAAUCACAAAGGCUGUUCCUCAUAGCAGUAAGGAAGCUUCUGUAAGCUGAUCAAUCAUUGGACCACAUCAGAGUAUAUGCAGUAUUAUAUGUUGUAUUCGAUUCUUUGCUUUUACUGGUAAAAAUUUAUGAAAAUACAUAUCAGAUUUGUAUAUUCCAGACUGGUUGUAAUAAUUCAUUUGCAGCCCAAAGAAAUAUAUCUAUAAAGAGUGUGUACAGAUUUUUAACAUCAACAUAGAGAAUUCUAAUUGCGCUUGUGGUUGUUUUUUCUGAAAAAAAUACAAUUGAUCUUUUGUGAGAAAUAAGUCAUCUUUUUAUGCAUGCAAAUAACAAUUUUAUGAAUAAAGUAUCUUUUUCUACA